AUGCGGUUACUACUCGCAUUCGCAGGCUGCGCGCUGGCCGCAAGGCUUGCUCACACGCCGAAGGCAAAUUCUUCAGCCGCAACAAUCCCCAGUCAUGCCUACGUCCAGGUCGAGACAGACCCCAAGGGAGCCAUCUGGCCGUGGAGAGUGUUCAAAAGCUCGCCCUACACUCCUCCCAACAUGACCAUCACCGUCAACCAAGGCGAGCUUGCAGACGGCUUCAUCUUCAUGACACCGGCGAACAUCAAUCUCUCCGCGCCGGCGGCAGAAAUGGACGGCGGGUUCAUCAUGACCUCCGACAACGAGGCCGUGUUCGCGCUCAACACCUCCGGCAUCACGGACUUCCGUGUCCAACACUACAAGGGCCAACCGUACCUCACCUAUUGGAGCGGGUACAAUACCGAGGGCGCGAACGUCGGCCACGGCUACGGACAAGUGAAUUUCGUGGACUCUUCGUACAGCAACUUCAGCGUGAAUCCCGAUCUCGGUUUGAACAAGCUUGUGACUACGCCCGUCGCCAACUGGUCGAUUGACAUUCAUGAGCAUCUGGUCACUCCCUGGAAUACGCUGCUAGUAUCUGCAUACAACAAUACUCCUUGGGACCUCUCCCCAUAUGGCGGACCGGUUGAUGGGUGGAUCGCCGAUUCCCUAGCCGUCGAACUGGACAUCGAGACCUGGGAAGUCCUUUUCAAGUGGGUCGCGAGUGAGCAUGUGCCGCUGAGCGAAUCGCAACUGCAUAUCAACGCUUCCGCCGGAAUUGGCACGAUUGCCUCCCCCUGGGACUGGUUCCAUAUCAACGCCGGCGAAAUGGUAGGUAGCGACUACCUGAUCAACUCCCGCCACUGUUGGUCAACCUAUUACGUAUCGGGGACAAAUGGUAGCGUUCAAUGGCGCAUCCAAGGCGUGACGGGCGGAGACUUCGGCCCCCUGCCAGCAGACAGCACCUUCUCAUGGCAGCACUACGCCCGCGCGCACAACGUCACACCAACAGGCAUGGACCUCAGCGUCUUCGACAACCACAACACAAUAGCCGUCAACGGCACGCCCUCCAACGGCCUCGUCUUCCACCUCGAACUCCCCCCCAGCACAUCCUACACUCCUCAACUCCUACGCAAAAUCGAAACGCCGUCCGAACCCAUCUACGCCGAUAGUCAAGGCGACUACAUCGUCGAGCUCAGCAACGGCAACCAACUCCUCGGCUACGGCCAGAUCGCCAUCACGCGCGAAUACGGCCCAGCGACGGACGGCAGCGACUUGCGGUGGCAGGCGCAAUUCGGCGGCCUGAAUACCGUGCAGAGCUAUCGGGCUUUCAAGCACGUUUGGCAUGCCACUCCCGCCGCGUGGGACCCGAGUUUGGUCGUGGAGAGCGGGUAUGCGUAUGUGAGUUGGAACGGGGCGACGGAGGUUGAGGCGUGGAAUGUGUAUGUUGCGAAUUCGACGAGUGCGAAUGGUACGCUUGUGGGCCAGGCGGCGAAGGAGGGCUUUGAGACGGUGUUUGAGGUGCCGGCUGGGGCGGCGACGUUGCAGGUUGCUGCGGUCCAAAAGGGCGAUGAGGUGCGGAGGUCGAAUACCGUGCACAUUGGGUCAGUCUGGUAG